AUGUUGCAGUACAGCCUGUUAGUGCUGGCCCUGAUAUUUACAAGCGGUCAUGCUGGCAAUGACUCCCCCACUGGGAGCUUUGACAUGGGGUACAGGAGCUGCAAGGACAUCAAGAAAAUUGAUAGUUUUGUAACAGGUGAGUCUGAGAAUCCAAUGGCCAAGUCGGCGUUCAUGCAGUCAGGCUAUAGGGGCUGUGGAAAUUGUGAUGGUGAUUAACACAGAGUUGUCUUGAGGUAGAUACAAUACAAGUAAUUAAUUAGCCCUCAGAAGAAUCAAAGAUCUAAAUGUAAAAAAAAAAAAAAGGAAAGAAUGUAUCAUGGUGCAAGAUAUAGACAUAUUUAUUCAUAGAUUUACUAAUUCAGUCACACUUAUUCCAUUAAGCAAAAUUCUCCCUCCUGCAGGUUGCAAUAGUCACUGUCACCAGUAGUGGUCUCACUGCUCUCCGAAUGUAUUUGUGCUUAAUAUCAAAUGUUUUUUCUAAAUACUUAAAGGACCUCUAUAGUGCCAGGAAAGCAAACUAUAGUUUAGGUCCCCCCCAUCCUCAGGGUCCUCCUCCCACCAGGCUCUAGGGGGAGGAAGGGGAUAAAAACUUACCUUUCUCCAGCGCCGGGCUCCCUCGGCGCUGGGGACUCUCCUCCCUCCUCCGACGUCAUUUGCUGAAUUUGCUGAGCCGCGCGCGCAUUCAGUCAGUCCAUAGGAAAGCAUUCUCAAUGCUUUCCUAUGGACGCUGGCGUCUUCUCACUAUGAAAAUCACAGUGAGACAGCCACUAGAGGCUGGAUUAACCCUAAUGUAAACAUAGCAGUUUCUCUGAAACUGCUAUGUUUACAGCAGGCAGGGUUAACCCUAGAUGGACCUGGCACCCAGACCACGUCAUUAGCUAAAGUGGUCUGGGUGCCUAUAGUUAACCCCUUAAGGACCAAACUUCUGGAAUAAAAGGGAAUCAUGACAUGUCAGACAUGUCAUGUAUCCUUAAGGGGUUAAAGGGAUUUUAUAGUGUAAAGAAUACAAAUUUGUAUUUCUUACACUGUAGAACCCUCUGGUCCCACCCUCCCUAGCGUCCUCCUCCUAACAGCUAAAGGUUUUUAAAAAAAAUGUAGUCACUUACCCAAUUCCAACACUGAUGUCCCUUGGCUCUGAGUCUGCGCUCGGCUUCCUCCAACAUCAUACGAUGGGGGUGACUAAUGUGCAUGUGCGACAAGCACUGCAAGCGCAUUAGGCCUGGCCCGUAGGAAAGCAUUGCUUCUGUGCUUUCCUCUGGGGAUUUUACUGAGGCUGGAUGUCCUCACGCAGAGCAUGAUGACGUCCAGCAUCAGUUAGACGACCAAAAGUCAGUUAGCCACCAGGAAGUGCCGGUAGUGGCUGUCCAAUUGACAGCCACUAGAGACAAUCUUAGUCCUGCAAUGUAAGUAUUGCAGUUUCUCAAAAACUGCGAGGAUUUACAUUGCAAGACUACAUGGGAUUGUGACCACUUGAUGUGGUCUGGGUGACUAUGGUGUCCCUUUAGUAUCCCUUUAGUUAUGUUUUUUUUUAUUGUUUUUGAUUUCAAGUAUUUCUUUAGGACUCAAACCCCUUGGUCUUGUGGUGGACCAUUUAACUACAAGACUCCUAGUAUUGUCUUAAACUAAAAUAAGUAAUUGGAGCCAAUUUAUUCAGUAAAAAUAAGCCAUGUGAUGUCAGUCUGCAAUACCUAAAGCAUGAGAAUAUUGCAAUGAAAAUUUAUUUUUUCAGACAGCUGUGAUUCAUUUUACACUAUUGUCUGGUUGAUAAGUUGAAAGUUAGGAAUUAUUCUGUCAAAUUUAUUUUUGUUUCUUCUUCUGUUUUUGCUCGAUGCUAUUCAAUAUGAGCUCAUGGUCAUUACAUUAUAGCGACCUCUGUUUACCAGAUAAAAUAUAUUUUUAUCUUGUUAUUAUCACAGAUGGAAUUUAUACCCUGACAACCAAAGAUGGAGUGCAGUACCAGACCUUCUGUGACAUGACCACAAAUGGAGGAGGGUGGACAUUGGUGGCCAGUAUCCACGAAAACAAUAUGUAUGGGAAGUGCACAGUGGGAGAUCGCUGGUCCAGUCAGCAGGGAAAUUCCAUUUACUACCCUGAGGGAGAUGCCAACUGGGCAAACUUUGCCAUAUUUGGGGAUGCCGUUGGAGCAACCAGCGAUGACUACAAGGUACUAAUCAUUACAUGAAUGUUUUUGUGAUCGGUUUUAUAGGGGUUUAGCAACAAUGGUUUAAGCGUGAUUUUGUCAUCUUGAGGUUUGAAGUUAGAGUACACAGUUUUAAUAUAGUAUAGUAUAGAUCAGCACUGCAGUGUCUUUGCUUAAGAACUUUGUGUAUAUAAAUAUAUCACACCUCCCUUGGUUGUGACUCACACAGCCUCCAUAAAAAAGGUUUCACUAUUGCAGUUCGUAUCUCCUGUUAUGUUAGUUGAACUUUAAUCACAUACAACAGGCUGCUGCAGGCACUAUCUGUCAAUUAACAGUACAUGAAAUACAAAUGUCCCCAUGUACAACAAAGGAAGUUUACAAAUUAGACCUUUUCAGAAACUGUGUAAGGAGGCAGUGUGUAUCACAGCCAGUGAAGGCGUGGCUAGGUCUGCAUGAAUAUAGUGAUUUAACUCUUACAUUACAGAGAAUUAAGCAGAGAGCCUGCUGGGUCACGAUUUAUAAAAAAAAAAAAAAAAAAAAAUAGAGCUAAAAUUGUUUUAGUGCUCGGAGAGUCGUUUUAAUUCUGAGACACUUUAUAUAUAUAUAUAUAUAUAUAAAAUCUAUAUAGGGUUCUUAUAAAAAAAAAAACCUGAAUGGGAGAAGAUUAAUGAAUGUGUAGAAAAGGGGGAUUUCAGCCUUCAGUAGAGAAGACUAAAAUAAAAUUCUAAGAAGAAAACGUAACUUUUAUUCAAAAAUACUCACAAAUAAAAAUUAUGGAAUACCAGGAAAUUCUAAUGGAUAUAAAGAGAGAAUGUACUAUUAUUACUAUGAUAUAAAAAAAUAUGAGAUAUAAAAAAAAAAAAUAUGUAAAUGAACAACCAGCACUAAUUCCAAUUUCUGCAAUAACUAUUUGCGGGUCAUCUAUAAUGAGAGGAAGGUGGAAAAAUGUGAGCCCAUCUAGGAUUCUUAUCUUUACCUUAGUGUUACUGAGUAUACUGAUAUAGGGUUCUAUCUAAUCCCGAGUUUCCACACAUAGAUGCAUAAACCGACACAUACACACAAACCUUAACACAAGCAUACCCCGACAUAUACACACACACAAACGCACACUCUGACACACACAAACACUGACACAUGCACACAUCAUGACACAGGUACACACACAGACAUAAAAACACACACUGACUUACAGAUGCACAUACACAUAUACAGAUGUACAGAAAAAAGGCAGGUGUAGGCGCUCGCUAUAAUGUGAACAAGCAGCAGUAAAUCUACAAGGAUUCCCAAACCUUGUGUAAGAUACAGAAAUGUGACAAAAUCACCUGUUGUUUUGUCAUAUAUACAGAUGUACAUCCUGACACACAGAUGUGUGCGCACACGCAGACACACGCUGACACACAGAUACACACAUUGACAUAUACACACAAAAAAGCACACUGACACAUACACACACCACAAAAAACAAGUCCUGUGCUCACUCCCAUCACUCCUGGACGGCAGCAACAGCCACAGUACACAUCAGUCCCAAUACAUACAGUAAAAACCAAAGAAAAAGUUACCUGCGCUCUCUCCUAAAUCCCUAUGUAUAUUUAAACAAAUGGAGGUCAUUUAGUUACUCCAAUGGCCAUUGGAGGGAAUGCACGCCUGACAUACACACGCCAGACACAGACACACAGUUAGAAUACACAGUUUUAAUAUAGUAUAGUAUAGAUCUGACAUACACAUAAACACAUACGUGUGAUAUUUUUUAUAUCUACAGCCAACCUCCUGUUAGCUUACCUGGUGUGUCCAGGAGGGUGGCUUGAUUGGAGUCCUGGAUCUGCUGCUGGCUGGUGGGAGUGAGGGAUCUGAAGCACCUCUUAGUGGUCCUCUUCCCUCAUGCUGCCCCUUCCCUAAUGCUGCAUCUACCCUCAUGCUGCCCCUACCCUUAUGCUGCCGCUACUUUCUGCGGCUGCUACCUCCCGUGCUGUCUCACUGUAUACAGGCUGUCACUUCCUCCCAGACGGCCGACACUACAGGGGCCCAGACGCGGUCUUAAAGAGCUGCGAUACCCGACCGGGCCCCUGUUUAGAAGAAAUGUUUUCCGGGGGUGUGAUGAUCAUGCCCCAGGGCACUGUUGGCACACAUGUUUUGGAAACACUGUUAUAAGGUUUAUGUAAACUUGGUAUACAUUACCAUAUAGAGUUAUUUUAAUCUAAUUGUGGUUUAAUACUGAUAUUUGGUGAUUUAGAUACAGCAUUCUAUGGGAUAUUUUCACAUCCAUGGGUCUCCGGGGCUUUCUAUCUUUACAUAUUUAGGUGUGAAAUUCAGAUUAGUCAGUAACUUUUUAUCCUAUAUCUGUAAAGGUCAUAGUGCAAGUUAGUUGCUGAAUAAAGGUACACUGAUUUAAUGAAACAACUCAUGUUCCCAGAAUCCAGGAUAUUAUGACAUCUCUGCCAAGAAUUUGGGUUUGUGGCAUGUGCCUAAUCAGACUCCACUUUCUCAAUGGAAGGACGCAGCUCUGCUGAGAUAUCGUACAGAUAAUGGCUUCCUCUCCACAGAAGGAGGAAACCUUUUCAACCUGUACAAGGUACAGUAUUUCUCUGAAAUGCAUUAGGGAUAUGAGCCAUGUUUACAUCAUGUCUAUGUAUGAAGAGCUCAAUAUUAUAUUGAGCUUUUAAAGACAACAACUAUAUGUCAGAUUAAUAUAUUAUCUGCUUGAGGAAUUAAGAGAUGCAAUUUCACAAAAGGCACAGACUUUUUACAGGGCUAUUUAAUAAUAUGAGAAUUGUCAGGAAUUCAAACUGAAUUUAAAGUGAACUGGAAAAAAAAAUCUCCUAGUCAGUUAUGCUUCUAUUUCAGCAAUUUUGGUCUAAAUUUGAAAAUUCACUUUGAAUUCUAGGUAAUUUCCACUUUACUAAAUAACCCUGUUUUUUUGCGUAAAUAGCUGACAAUUAUCCCAACCUUAUCUCCUUAAAAUACCAAAAGCAAAAUGGUGUGGUGUAACGAAAUAUCUCAAUCUUAGAUUAGUAUUAUUAUUCAUUUAAAAACAAUAGUGAUAUUGUGAUAUGGAGGGAAAAAAAUGGUAUAUUCUACUGUGGAUCCAUAGCACAAUCAGCAUGUAGCAUCACAAGGAUCUAAAUGUGAAGUAACAAAUCUUCUCAAUCUUUAAUCAGAAGUAUAGAUCAUGGUGUUCCAGUGGAUGUGGUCUACUUGGAUUUUGCCAAGGCAUUUGAUAUGGUUCCUCACAAUAGGUUAGUCUUCAAACUAAAAGAAGUUGGUCUAGAUGAAUAUUCUUGUUCUAGAAUAUUGGCUUAAGGAUAGAGUACAACAAAUGGUAAAUUUUCAAGCUGGACAAAAGUGGUAAGUGGUGUCCCUCAGGGUUUUGUUUUGGGACCGCUUCUAUUUAACAUAUUUAUAAAUGAUCUUGAAAUAGGCAUUGAAAGCCAUGUAUCAGUGUUUGCAGAUGACACAAAACUUUGUAAAGUAAUACAAUGUGAGCAGGAUAUUGCUUUGCUGCAGAGGGAUUUGGAUAGAUUGGGGGACUGGGCACUAAAAUGGCAGAUGAAAUUUAACGUAGAGAAAUGCAAAGUUAUGCACUUCGGGGUUAAGAAUGCACAAGCAAUUUACACCCUAAAUGGUAGUGAACUAGGGAUAAUCACACACAAGAAGGAUUUGGGAAUUGUUAUAGACAACAAAUUAGGCAGCAAUAUGCAAUGUCAAUCUGCAGUUGCUAAGGCCAGUACGGUUUUGUCAUGUAUAAAUAGGGGCAUAAAUUCCAUGGAUGAAAAUAUAAUUUUGCCUCUUUAUAAAUUGCUGGUAAGACCACACCUUGAAUAUGCUUUGCAAUUUUGGGCAUCUGUUCUAACGAAAGAUAUCAUGGCACUAGAAAAAGUGCAGAGACGAGCUACAAAAUUGAUAAGAGGAAUGGAGCAUUUUAGUCAUGAAGAAAGGUUAAAAAAUUUAAAUCUGUUUAGUAUGGAAAAAGGCGCCUGGGAGGGGAUAUGAUAACAUUAUACAAAUAUAUACGGGGCCAGUAUAAACCUUUAUCUGGAAAUCUAUUCAUAAACAGGGCUAUACAUAGGACAUGAGGUCACACAUUUAGGCUGGAAGAAAGGAGAUUUCAUCUAAGGCAAAGAAAAGUUUUUUUUACAGUAAGACCAAUAAGGAUGUGGAAUGUUCUGCCUGAAGAGGUGGUUUUGUCAGAGUCUAUACAGAUGUUUUAACUGAAAUUGGAUAAAUACUUGCAAAAACAUAACAUACAGGGAUAUCAUUUCUAAUAAGUGAGGUAAUAGCUGCUUGAUCCAAGGAGACAUCUGACUGCUAUUUUGAGGUCAAGAAGGAACUUUUUCCUAGUUUGUUGCAAAAUUGGAAGCGCUUCAGUCUAGGUUUUUUGCCUUCUUUUGGAUCAACAGCAAAAACAUAUGUGAGGAAGGCUGAACUUGGUGGACGCAAGUCUCUUUUCAGCUAUGUAACUAUGUAACUUAAAAUGCAUACAAAUAUAACAUAGUGUAAAAUCACAUACAGCAAAUACAAUAUAAAAGAAUAUACUGCACUUACAAACACAAGGCCAGUACAAAUGGCCAGAAGGGCACAUAGAUAGGUCUAAAUGACCUUUAAAUAAAGCACAUAAGUGUCCAAACAGUGUAUCCAGUAGUCAGUCGAUCUGUUUGCUCUGGGUAUGGAUCCCUUGCUGUAGGGGAAAAUACCUCCUCCUGGUUAGAGUAAAGUGUCCAAACUGGAGAAUGUAAGGCCACAAGAUGCUUUUAAGUACUAGCUACAAGGUAGUACUAGCUACAGGACAAAAUGGGUCAGAUUUAAGAGUAUCUCGUGGUCUAACAUUCUCCAGCUUAAACACUUUACAGUGAUCAGGAGGAGCACUUUUCCCCUACUGCAAGGGAUCUGGACCCACAGCUGCUGCUGGGUACACUUAUCUGCUUGAAAUUGGCUAUUACAUUUCAGGGCAUUUCAUGGUCAGGAGCUUGAUGCAUAGGACAGAUCCAGGCAAUGCCCAGAGAACCCCAAUUCCGGCUGAGUGGCAGAGUAAGCAUCCACGGGGUCUCCAUAACCCCUUUUCAUAGUGAAAAUAUUUUGUUUUAGUCCAUGUCCUUUCCAUAGUGAUAAUAGCCCUUUUUAGGCCGUAUAGGAAUGAAAAGCAUUUGAAGCGCACACGGCACUCAACGCACAUUUGCAUUAUGUCCCCAUUCUGCUCUAUGGAUUGGACCAUUGCCAGAGGAAACCAUGCCUUCUCGAUGACAUGGCAGGGGGUAGAAAGGCCAGCAGCACUGAGGGAGUCUUAAUUUUUAAUUAAACACAUUUUAUUAUAUUUUAUAGUGCACAAAACUAGAUAGGGGCAGGUUUGUAUUCCUAAUACUAUAGUGUUCUUUUAACAGUUUGUUGAUCCAAGGAGAAUCCUUUUAGCAACUAUGAACUCAAAAAAUAUAUUUUUCCAUAUCUAGAGCACAUUUGAAAAUAGUUUUGAGUGUGACUUCUCUCAAACAGGAAAGUGUAAUAGGAUGAAACCCAGUGGUCUUUCUUCAGCCUACAUGUAACUUUUGAAGUGAAUAACUUUUAUCUAGAGUUGUUUAAUAUUCUAAUUAGCUGCCAUUUUCUCUCUCUGUGCUUAGAAAUAUCCAAUGAAGUAUAAUACUGGGGCAUGCCCGGUCAACAAUGGACCUGCUGUGCCAAUUGUGUACGACUACGGAAAUGCUGAAAAGACAGCCAAUUACUACUCUCCAUACGGAAGAAGUAAGUAGAUAUAUAUAUAUAUAUAUAUAGAGAGAGAGAGAGGGAGAGAGAGAGAGAUUUAGACAUUAAAUCACAGCUAGCAAGCCUGCUUAUACAAUGUCAUUCAUGUGUCCCAUUCUGCAGAGGAGUUCACUGCCGGCUUUGUCCAGUUUCGCGUUUUUAACAAUGAAAGAGCACCAAUGGCUCUGUGCCCAGGAAUGAAGGUGACAGGAUGCAACACGGAACAUGUACGUAUCGCCAAUCUCUUCUUCUUGUAAAGCAUUUACACAAGAAUGUGUGUUUGAAGCUGUCACAGGCACAAAUAGUGCAGGUCAGAACUUGGGUAGUUGUCACAGCCCCUCUUAGAUGUAAGAACUGCUUUUGAGGGGCUCUCACAUUUCAAUCUCUGUAAGCCAGGCAUAGUGUUACUGCUACAAAAUUAAUAGACUAAAUCACUCCUAUACCGAAAAUAUCCUGGACGGGGGUUAGUCAGUGGGGGUGGUACCAAUUCCACCCAAGGAUUAACCCUUAUUGUAAAGAUUGAAAUCAGGGAAAUCUCAUGUGAGAAUCCCUGGUUUGAAAUUUCAUAAAACAAAGUAAUUGAUUGAAUGAAAUGUCUUCAACAGUAAACAAUGUGUGAGAAGAUUGCUGCAGUAUAGCAAAAGAUUUAACCAUCUAUUGAAUGAUAUAACAGGCUUUAUUUAUCCAUUGCCAAAAAUAAAAAUAAAACUGACAGUUGUAUCUAUAUGCUAAUUAGAUAUAGUGAUCGUAAAAAUCAAGCCAACAGGUGAUAUAUUGUGUGUCUAUAUAUUCCCUAUUAGUAUAAUAGGUAAGUAUGACGGUGUCACGUAUUCAUCUGCACAUAAAAAUGUGAAUAGUGGCAUUUACUGUUCUGUUGCCGAGCAACAUUACUGUCCUGACAGGAAACGUUGUGCCAAGCAGCAAUCAGUCCACAGGAGGGUUUGUGCUGAGCAGCAAUCAGCAUCAAAUAGGAACCUGCUAACUGCCUUUCGGGUCAAAGGCCGGUUACAACCAAUCCUAAUUGUCCAGACUUUAGACCUUUUGCAGGAUAAAGAGCAGCAUAUAUGUAUAGAAAUAGGCACUCCAGACAAUUGCUACCUUAGCUUACCAUCUUACUUACCUAAGCUGUGUCUGAAAGUUACUUACCUUAUCCCUCCUUCUAUCUCUCCAGAUCUUCCAAUAUCAUCUCGCUUUGUAUACUUAUCUUAUUAUUAUUACCCUAUUUUUCUACUCCAGUAACCCCCUUUACUACCAUUACAGCCAAUUGACAAUUUAGGGGAUCUCUCCCAUUAUAAUACUGUUGUUUGUUUGUUUUUUAAAUUAAACUCCCAUCUCCUUUUUCAACUAUUGUUCCAGAUUAUUUGGACAUUGUAAAUCAGGAAAUGAUUCUGUAGGGAUGUUUAUUAUACUAAUAGGGAAUGUAUAGAGACACAAUAUAUCACCUGUUGGCUUGAUUUUUUCGAUCACUAUAUCUAAUUAGCAUAUAGAUACAACUGUCAGUUUUAUGUUUAUUUUUGGCAAUGGAUAAAUAAAGCCUGUUAUAUCAUUGAAUAGACGGUUUAAUGGUUAUCGUUUGCUAUAUUGCAGCGAUCUUCUCACACAUUGUUUACUGUCGGAGACAUUUCAUUCAAUCAAUUACUUAGUUUUAUGAAAUUCCAAACCAGGAAUUCUCACAUGAGGUUUCCCUGAUUUAUAUAGUGUUACUGCUGCCCCUCAAUCAAAGAUAGAAGUGCGCCUGCAGGCAGAAUUACUGAUGGUUGUAUACUGGCACCUGCUGCCUGUCUAUGGGUGCAGAAAAUCAAGAGGCUUCACACAACUGUACAUCGAGGACAUCACAGAGUAGCCCUAGGUGUUUGUGCUUCUCUGUCUUUGUAUUUCUUAUGAAUGCAGGGCUGCCAUCUGGUAAAGGUAAAGCAGCACUCCUGUGAGGGGCCAGCUUAUGGAAGGAAUCACCUUAGGGCACUUUCCCGCUAUGUGGUUAAUUGAGAAGACAUUUCUAUUUCCUCAAACCAAGAUGGAAAAUACUGCUCUGGGAUAUGAAAUUGAGCAUAAUGUCUAUCGAUAGCAAAAGACGCCAUUUUCCCCAUCAGACCAGCUCUGAGCAUGUUAUCAGUCUGUCAUCUUAUUUCUUUCAGCACUGUAUUGGAGGAGGUGGCUUCUUCCCAGAAGGAAGUCCCAUUCAAUGUGGAGAUUUUCCUGCCUAUGACUGGAACGGGUAUGGGACACACAUAGGAUGGAGUGCCAGCAAGGAGAUAACGGAGGCAGCUGUCCUACUCUUUUAUUAUUAA